AUGUUGUCCUACGAUUCUCCCGCCAUGCCCAUCAAGGCUCCCCGGGCCCCGGCCUCUGUUCCCUUGCCACCUUCGCUGCAGGCAACCCCUACCACGCCGUCGCCUCUGGCUUCCCUGAAUUCGACUGCCGUCAAUGGCCACAACGCCAAAGACCAGCAGCACAUCUGGCUGGUUACUGGCCCGGCUGGCUGUGGAAAGAGCACCAUCGCCGAGUAUUUGGCCAACACCCUGAACAUGCCCUACAUCGAGGGUGAUUCCUUCCACCCUCCUGCCAACGUCGAAAAGAUGCGCACCGGCACUCCUCUGACGGAUGCGGACCGCUGGGACUGGCUCACGGCUCUCCGAGAGGAGUCUAUUAACCGGAUCAACGCCGGCGCUGACGGUGUCGUCCUCACUUGUUCAGCCCUGAAGCGCAAGUACCGCGACGUCAUUCGCGUCGCCGGCUACUUCGACCACCGCCUCUGCAUCCACUUCAUCUUCCUCAACGCGCCCGAGGAAGUCCUCCUCGCCCGUGUCUCGCAGCGAGAGAACCACUACAUGGGUGCCAACAUGGUCCACAGCCAGUUCGACAUCCUCGAGCGUCCCACGAGCGACGAGAGGGACGUCGUCACCAUCGAUGUCAGCGUAUCCAUCGAUGAGGUCAAGCGAGCCGCCUUGGCGAAUGUCUUGGAGACCAUGACUGAGGACUAUGACGAACUAUAG